AUGGCGGCGCAACCAGUCGCCGGCUACCAACAAAAUAUCAUCCUUUUCGCCAUCUUGGCUUGCGCCGCCGCUGCGCCUGCACCUUCGCACGUGCUAGCUUACUCCGCCCCUGCUGUGGUGUCGUCUGUAGUCCAGCCUGCUGUGUCGAGCUACUCUGCAUACUCCAGCUCUGUAGUCCACGGCUCCCCUGUAGUGCCUGUAGUCCACUCAGCGCCUGUAGUCCACUCAGCUCCUGUAGUUCACUCAGUACCUCUUGUCCACUCAGUACCGGUCGCCUACUCCGCCCCUGUACACACAGUAUUAGUCUAA